UCCUGCCCAAUAGAAGUGGCACCAUGGCCCCCAAACUCAUCACCCUCCUGUGUCUGGGAUUCUGCCUGAACCAGAAGAUCUGCACACAUGUGGGUGCUCAGGACAAGUUCUCCCUGUCAGCCUGGCCGAGCCCUGUGGUUCCCCUAGGAGGACGUGUGACUCUCUCCUGUCAUUCCCGUCUUCGGUUUGUCAUAUGGACAAUAUUCCAAACAACUGGGACCCGAAGCCGUAAGUUGCACAUUGGCCUUUCCAACAACAUCACCAUCAGCCCUGUGACCCCAGGACACGCAGGGACCUACAAAUGUGUUGGAAUUUACAAGCAUACCUCAAAGUGGUCAGCUGAGAGCAACUCCCUGAAGAUCAUUGUCACAGGCUUGUUCACAAAACCUGCCAUCUCCGCGCACCCAAGCUCCCUGGUGCACGCGGGAACCAGGAUGAGUCUGCGCUGUCACUCAGAACUGGCCUUUGAUGAAUUUAUCUUAUACAAAGAGGGGCGCAUACAGUAUUCCCAGCAGCUUGACCAGGGGAUGGAGGCUGGGAUCCAUUACGUCGAGGCUGUCUUUUCCAUGGGUCCUGUAACGCCUGCCCAUGCAGGAGCCUACAGGUGCUGUGGUUGUUUCAGUCACUCUAGCUAUGAGUGGUCGGCUCCCAGUGACCCCCUGGACAUUGUGAUCACAGGAAAAUACAAAAAGCCUUCUCUCUCCACUCAGGUGGACCCCAUGAUAAGGCUGGGAGAGAAGUUGACCUUCUUCUGCAGCUCUGAAAUCUCAUUUGACUGGUACCAUCUGUUGAGAGACGGGGUUGCUCAUGGACAGUGGCUCAGUGGAGGGCAGAGACACAGUGGAGCAUUCCAGGCCAACUUUUCUGUGGGCCCCGCAACGCCAGUCCCUGGCGGGACCUAUAGAUGCUAUGGUUCUUUCAAUGACUCUCCCUAUGAGUGGUCAGCCCCCAGUGACCCACUACACCUUUACGUCACAGGAAACACUAAGAGUACUCCUCUGUCACUCAUGGAAUCCACCCCUGAGUCUGACACAUAUCAUCCUCAAGGACAGUCCAGCAACCUGAAUAUCCUCAUUGGACUCUCAGUAGCCAUCAUCUCCAUUGGCGUUUGCCUCUCUGCUUUUAUUGGUUUCUGGUGUUACAUAAAAUAUUACACCACCACGGCAAACACAGAGCCCAUGGAAGGCCAACGGACGGAUGAAGAGGAACCUGCCGCAGAAGAGACACAGAAGAUCAUAUAUGCCCAGUUAAACCACCAGGCCCUCUCACAGACAGGAUUCACUCCUGCCUCCCCGUGUCCCCACUACAUCUCGGAGGAUCCCAGUAUCUACAUCACCGUCCACCAAGCCCAGGCUGAGGCCAGAGCUGCCCCCAGUCUUUGGCACAAAGGGCAUUAAUACGCAAGGACCUGGAUCUAUUCCUAGGAGGAUUUUUUUUCCAUGGACAUUCUUCCUCCUUCUGGUACCGUCUUGACACCUCCAAGCUGGCAACAGUAGUGUCUGAAUGCUUGUGGGGUUAUCUUAAAAUUCCAGCGCUGCUGAACAGACAACUAGCCAUUCUACAAUUCUAUUUUGAGCAUCCAGCCAUUUAAGGUGAUUUGACUAUACCCACAUACUCAUCCUGGAUAUCUCAUUAAUAUCAUCUGAAUUAUUCUGAAACUCUACAGACAUGCUUCUAGAAAGCCGAUGUAUAUGCUCAGUCAGUUUAAUCUCUAAAUUACUCAAUAAGGUUUUUUAAAAUUUUUUUAAAAAGUUUUGGGGUACAUGUGCAGGAUGUGCAGGUUUGUUACAUAGGUAAACGUGUGCCAUGGUGGUUUGCUGCAUCUAUCAACCUCUCACCUAGGUAUUAAGUCCAGCAGGCAUUAGCUGUCUUCCCUAAUGCUCUCCGUACCCCCUGCCCUCCUCUGACAGGCCCCAGUGAGCGUGUUCCCCUCCCUAUGUCCAUGUAUUCUCAUUGUUCAGCUCCCACUUAUGAGUGAAAACAUGUGGUGUCUGGUUUUCUGUUCCUGCAUUAGUUUGCUGAGGUUAAUGUCUUCCAGCUUCAUUCAUGUCUCUGCAAAUGAUAUGAUCUCAUUCCUUUUUAUGACUGCAUAGUAUUCCGUG